GUGCACAUUCCUUAUGCUCUUGCUUUGAAUGAAGGAGCGUGGCAGCAAAUAAACAUUGGUUAUUUUGGACAUAUAUUAGUCUUUCUUGAGUGUGAAAAAAUUUAUCAUCUUGUCCAUAAAAUGGACUUGAAUCUGGAAAAUCUAAAUCUCAACACUAAAAAAACCCUCAACAUAGUGUUUGUCGGCCAUGUAGACUCUGGAAAAUCUACUAUUUGCGGUAGGAUACUUGUGGAUCUCCAACUUGUAGACGAAAGGAUUCUUGAGAAGUAUAGGCAGCAGAGUGAAGAGUCAAAUCGAGCCAGCUGGUAUCUUUCAUGGUGCAUGGACUUGAAUCCGGAGGAAAGAGAAAAGGGAAAGACAGUUGAGGUUGGAACGGCAUCGUUUGAGCUUCCGCAUACUAAGGUGAAUGUGCUGGAUGCACCUGGCCACAAGCAGUUUGUCAACGAAAUGAUCGAAGGUGCAUCACGUGCAGACAUAGGAAUCUUGAUAGUCUCGUCGAGGACUGGCGAGUUUGAGGCUGGAUUUAAAGGAGGCCAAACGAAAGAGCAUAUGCUUCUUCUCAAGGCAGGAAAUGUUGAUAGGCUCAUUGUUCUUGUUAAUAAGAUGGAUGAAUGCAGCUGGGAUAGAGAAAGAUACAAUGAAAUAGUUGGUAAGGUUGAAAAGUUUGGGAAAAAUUUAUUUAAAGACAUGUAUUUUAUUCCUGUUAGUGGGUAUAACGGAGAUAACAUUAAGACAAGAAAAGAGACAGAUUUUUUCAAGGGACCCUCGUUCCUUGAAUAUCUGGAUACUGUCAAUGUACUAGAUGUUGAGACAGAGCCCUGCUUGACUAUUCUUGAGAAGGUGAAAACAUCAGGCAAUGUGUUUUUCUAUGUAAAGAUUGAGUCUGGUGCUUUCAACAAGAAUGACGGCUACAGAGUUCUUCCACUUUGCAAAGACGAUAAGAUCACAUCGAUCAUGAACGAAGAUGACGUGGAGCUUGGUGAAGCAGUCAGAGGAGAGACAUACAAAAUGAAGUUUAAAGAACUGUCUGAGGAUAUCUUUGUGGGUACCAAAAUAGUUUCUGUGUCCAAUAAAAACUACCAGGUUUGCAAUGAAAUGUAUGCGCAACUUGGAAUCUGCGAAGUCAAAACGGCAAUAACAAAAGGAUACGCCUGUAUUAUGCACAUUAAUUUAUUUACAGUUGGUGCAAAAAUAACCGAACUGUAUUCCUUAGACAAGAAAAAGAUCAGAGUUGGGAGAAAAGGGGGAAAAAGUAGUUGCAAAAAUAAGGCUUGA